CCCGUUAACCAACCCCCAAACUCCACCGAAGCAGGAGAAAAAGGAAAAAAAAACUCUAAGAAACCUCUUUAACAUUUCCCCUCCGGUCAUUUUAUCGCCGCCGCCGCUGCUGUCGCUGCUGCCACCACAAUCACCGUCACCUCUAUUUUUAUAAGGAAAUAGCCUUAACCUCUUAUUUUCCACAUUAUACCCUCACUUAUUUCUCCAAAUUUACCCAAUAAAUGCAAUUUCUAGGGUUAGGGUUUUGGGGAACUCGAUGAAAAAAAGAAAGAAAAGCAACAUGGAAGAUUUCAAGGAUUCGGAAUCGAAAUCGGUGAGUGAGACGGUGAACGGGUCACACCAAUUCACGAUCAAGGGUUACUCGUUGGCGAAAGGGAUGGGUGCCGGGAAAUGUAUACAAAGCGAUAUUUUUACGGUUGGAGGCUACGAUUGGGCGAUUUACUUCUACCCCGACGGUAAAAAUCCGGAGGAUAGUGCGAUGUAUGUUUCGGUUUUCAUUGCCUUGGCUAGCGAAGGUACGGAUGUUCGAGCGCUUUUCGAGCUCACCCUUAUUGACCAGAGCGGGAAAGGGAAGCAUAAGGUUCAUAGUCACUUUGACAGAGCGUUGGAGAGUGGGCCUUAUACGUUGAAGUACAGAGGAAGCAUGUGGGGCUACAAACGAUUCUUUAGAAGAACAACUUUAGAAAGUUCUGACUACAUUAAGGAUGAUUGCCUAAUCAUGAACUGCACUGUUGGAGUAGUCAGAACUCGCCUUGAGGGACCAAAACUGUCUUCUAUUCCUGUACCGCCAUCAGACAUGGGUCAGAAUCUUAGAGCUUUGUUAGAAUCCGAAGUUGGGUGUGAUAUAAUGUUUCAAGUUGGUGAUGAGACAUUUAAAGCACAUAAGUUGAUCCUUGCUGCACGUUCACCUGUUUUUAAAGCACAGUUUUUCGGGCUCGUUGGAGACCCUAACUUGGAUAAAAUAGUAGUAAAAGAUUUUGAGCCUUCUAUCUUCAAGGCAAUGCUCUUGUUUAUUUAUACCGACAAGCUUCCUGAUGUACAAGAAAUUGUAGACUCCACAUCUAUGUGUACAUCUACCAAUAUGGUUCAGCAUCUUUUGGCUGCUGCUGAUCUGUACAAUUUAGAUAGACUCAAAGUAUUGUGUGAGGCAAAAUUGUGUGAAGAACUUAAUGCUGAUACGGUGGCAACAACCCUUGCACUUGCUGAGCAGCACCAUUGUGCACAGCUUAAGGCCAUAUGUUUAAAAUUUGCUGCAACUCCGUCAAACUUGGGAGCGGUGAUGCAAUCAGAAGGGUUCAAGCACUUGGAGGAAUGUUGUCCAUCUUUGUUAUCGGAGAUGUUGAAGGCCUUUGCAUCCAGCGAGGAGAGCUCGAGUCUGCUUUCAAGUCGGAAGAGGAGUGUCAGCAGUGUAUACGGGAUGGAUCUUGCAGCAGAAGGUCCGGCAGCAGAACCGAUGAAUCCCAAUGGCAGGCGAGUUCGGAGGCGUUGAUUGGCAGUCAACGGUAAGUGUGUUUGGGGGUGUUUCUGGGGGCAUACCAUUGAAAUAUUUGGAGUGGAUUGUUAUGUAUUUACAUGUGGGUAAUAUAUUAGUUAGAACUGGAAAUGCCUUUUUUGGUUCUGUGUAUAAAGGAACUGUUUUCUUGAUGCUGAAAUGUAUGGUUUCUGGGGCAAUUAAAUAAGCUAUUAGUUUCA